UGGUUAAGAAUAAUUACAAUGUCAGUCAAGGUUGUGAAAAGCUUCUCUAAUAAGGCUGGUGGCAAUUGAAAAGCUUUGCAUUUUAUAUUAGUUCUUUACUUAGAGAUCUAUCUUUGGAAUUAUGGACAAUAUUCCUGGUAAUAUUCUCUUUAGGAGCAGGAGGAAGAAAAUGGAUAUGAAUUUUUCUAUAAUAUUCAUCCUUUUAUGUGCAGUGUUUUUGACAGUUACAAAAAGUCAAAUACUUCCAGUUUAUGACACUGUUCCCAAGACGUCAUUCAGCUGUGCCGGUCGUACUUAUGGCUACUAUGCAGACCCAGAAGUUAAUUGCCAAGUUUUCCACAUUUGCCCUGGAGCAUAUGGAAAUGGAAAAUACUCUUUUCUGUGUCCAAACCAAACAGUUUUCAAUCAAGCAUAUUUAGUUUGUGACCACCCUUACAACGUCGAUUGUUCUACGGCUGAUGGCCUUUAUUCUGUCAACAACAAUUUCUUCGCAGAAGAAAACGAUUUUUAAAGAACUUGCUGUAAUUGAACCUUUUAACUCGUUGCACUUCCUUUUGAGUUGGAACAAAAAGGAUUAAUGAAAUCAAAUUCAUAAGAUUGCUUUGUAUGAAGUGAUGUAACAUAGUUCUAAAAGAAAGAUUGACAUUUCUUAA